GCUGGAGCUUGCCGCUGGUGGGCCGGGAUUACCUGGAGAUCCUGGCCGCCUGGUCCUGCGGCUUCGGCCAGUGCUGCGAGACGGGAGACUGCAGGAUCGCCAACAACAUCACAGGGCUGGAAGCAGAGCUCAGUGGGCAGCUCCACGGGCAGCACUUGGCCAAAGCAGUUAUUCUCCAGGCGGUGCAAGGGUUCCUGCGGAGCCCGCGGCCGGAGAAGGCGCUGGUCCUCUCCUUCCACGGCUGGUCUGGCACAGGCAAGAACUUCGUGGCUCGGAUGGUGGCCAGUCACCUGUACCGGGAUGGGCUGAAGAGCGAGUGCGUCAGGGUGUUCAUCUCCCUCUUCCACUUCCCCCAUCGCAAGUACGUGGACUCGUACAAGGCUCAGCUGAAGAAGCAGAUAAGCGAGACUGUGCAGCUCUGCAAGCAGCCCCUCUUCAUCUUCGAUGAGGCGGAGAAACUUCAUUCCAGCCUCCUGGACGCCAUCAAGCCCUUCAUGGCUCACCACGACAACAAGGGCCAGGCGGAUUACCCCAGACCCAUCUUCCUCUUCCUCAG